UAAGAGGAUUCAUAUAAUACUCUAGCUAUUUAACUUUUAGCACCCUUUAUGAGCACUGACUCCCAUGCCUCUUAACUAACGCUGAAGGUAAGCAUCACUAUAGGUAAGUAAGCAGUGGUAGAGGCAGCAUGUACAAGCCUAAAAGUAAAUCACAGUGCUGCCCCAACAGUCACAGCGGGAGGGUGCAGGCGAGUGUUUGGUUUGGUCCCAUCACUGUGCGGCAGGCGGUGCAAUAACAGCUCCAUGGAGGCCCGUCAGACACUGCAGGACGUCCAUGACAGAUGAGGCACGGACAGGUGGGUGACGUCCCGGUGCUAUAGUGGUGUUGUGUGCCUGCUGUGUGGCGGCCUUGUGGUGUGCCGCGUCAGCCCCGAGCCUGAUAGCCCCGCCGGCCACCAGACACCAGCACAGGCACCGGCCCCGGCACUGCCCAGUGAGGCAUACAGCCUGGGUCGUGCAUGACAGGCCAGCCUCGCACCGGAGACACACGCCCCGGCAUCACCAGUGCCAAGGAAAACUUAAAUCACAUUACAGGUCCAACAGCAGAAGAAACCAAGACCCAUUCUUCACCAUGGGGGAGGCGGGCCAGGACACAGAAAAGGCUGGGUUUGACAUACUCAUGUUCAAGCGGCUGUUCAAGUUGGUUCGACUCAUCUUCCCUGGAUGGUGUUCCCUCCCUUCCGCCCUCUUCUUCCUCCUCCUCUUCCUUUGUGGCUUGGAACAAUUCCUGGCCUAUUUUGUGGGCUUGAUUCCUAGUGGCUACUACAAAGUGUUCAAUGCUCGGGACAAAGAUGGCUUUCUCUACCACACCCUGCAGGCACUUGCCCUUUUUGUGGCUAUUUCUGUGGUCAUCAGUGUGAAGAAGUACGUGGACAGCAUCCUCUACAUUACAUGGCGGCAGCUUCUUUGUCGUGCAUUACACCGACUCUACUUCUCGGGCAUAAACUAUUACUCCAUCAACAUACUGCCUGGCAGUAUCGACAACCCAGACCAGCGCAUGACCCAGGACGUGGACAGGCUGUGCCUCACCCUGGCCACCAUCACCACUAAGGUCAUCAUAGCACCCUUCCAGAUUGGUUACUACACCUACAAAACAUAUGGAGGGACAGGCUGGAUGGGCACCCUUUGUGUGUAUGGCUUCUUCCUGGUGGCUACCAUUGCCAACAAGAUAGUCAUGUCUCCCAUUGUCAAGUAUGUCAUGAAUCAAGAGAAGUGUGAGGGCAACUUCAGGUUCAAGCACAUGCAGGUUCGCGUAGAUGCUGAAUCCAUUGCCUUCCAGGUGUCUGGUGCAGUGGAAUCCUUCAAGACCAAUAAUUCUUUGGAUAAGCUGAUAUCUGCACAGCAAAACUUGUUUGAUAGAAAGAUACUUCUGAAUCUGGUACAGCACUUUUUUGACUAUCUGGGGUCAAUAGUGGCCUACCUGGCAAUUGCAAUCCCAAUUUUUGGUGGCAAAUUUAGCCCAGAUGAAGAUCUCUCCCCUAUUGUCAGUGCUUACUCGUUUGUGUGUAUGUACCUGGUGUUCAGUCUUACCUCGCUGCUGGACCUAAGUAGUCAGGUGGUGCUGCUGUCUGGUGUGACCCAUCGUGUAGCUCAGCUGGCUGAGCAUCUGCUCCAAUUGCAGACUGACUGGGACACCUCCAGCCUACAGGCAUGCUCCUCCUUUACAAAUAUCAUCCACACUAUGCGCUGCCACCCAGGCAGUGACUCCUCCAGUACUGAAGCAAGCAAACAUCUGUUGGAAGCAUCUGCCGAUAAUGAAAGUGAAGUUGCUGCCAUUGAAGGGGAUCAAACAUCCCUUGGUGUUGCCUUCAUUCUACGUGAAGUUGACAUCUGCCCACCAGGCUCUGAUAAGCCUCUAGUGACUGAUUUGCAUUUGGAUGUGAUGAAGGGGGAAAACCUUCUUAUCAUGGGUCCCAGCUCUUCUGGUAAAUCCAGCCUGUUAAGGGUACUCCGAGGGCUGUGGCCGGCAACACGAGGAACAGUAGCCCAUGACUUCCCACCGGGGCCCAAGAUGGUUCUCUUCCUGGCUCAAAAGCCUCUACUCACCAAUGGCUCAUUACUGGAGCAGGUAAUCUACCCCCUGAGGUUGGACCCACACAAUCCCCUGAGCAGAGAGUCUUGUGAUGAGAUCAUGGAAUUGUUAAACUCAGUUCACUUACAAGGACUCCUUGCCAGGACUGGGGACCUGUAUAGUGAUCCCAACUGGAAUUGGAAUGAUGCACUGUCACCUGGGGAAAUGCAGCGAGUGUGUUUUUUGCGAGUCCUCUACCAUCGACCCCAGUUUGCUCUCUUGGAUGAAGCCACAAGUGCUUUAAGCUUAGAUGUUGAAGAACAACUUUACACUGCAUGUCAAGAGCGUUGCAUCACUUUGGUCAGUGUGGGCCACAGACACUCACUUAAAAAAUAUCACAGCACCCUGCUCUCCUUGGAUGGAGCAGGGGGCUGGAAAAAGGAACCCAUCCCACAGAAUGUUACUCAGAUAACUCCAUGAUGAAUAUAUAUAUAUAUAUAUAUAUAUAUAUAUAUAUAUAUAUAUAUAUAUAUAUAUAUAUAUAUAUAUAUAUAUAUAUAUAUAUAUAUAUAUAUUUAUAUGUAUAUGGGUUUUUAUGUUAUUUAUUCUGACCAAUCAAGCAGCAGCCAUAGGUUGAUCUCAGGAAUGGAGUCCAUAAAAUUGGAUGCUUAGUCAUAGUUUCAUUCAAAAGAAUGUGCCUCUAGAGAAUAAGGGUAUAAGGUUUUGUUGUGCUUCAAAGCUUAUGCAGACCUAAUUAUAUACAGAAUGGGCCUCAAGAGAUUUUCUUGGUCUACUAAUUAAUUGCUUGCCUCAUUCAUUCCCAACUUCAUGGAGUAGUUGUUCUGAUCUAUUACUUUUGUGAUAACAUUUUCACCACUGAAUGAAACCAUGAAUUAAGUAAUUUUCUUUUAAGAAAACUUGCAUAUAUCAUUCAGAUUGAAGAUUAAACUGAAACUCUUUUACAGUGUAGAUUGAUGCUUGAGUCAGUUCCUUUCAACUUUUAUCUAGUGAAAAUUUAUCCAGUAACUUAUUUAAUACAAGUAUACACAGCACUUUUGGUACUAAACCAUGAAGAGUGAUAACUCUUGUUUUAUAGUACUCUUUGAUAGUAUUCAUCAUAUGUGACGUUAACAGAGAGGCAGUGGUGGGCACGAUUCCGCUAAUCCGCUAACUGCUAACUUUUUCGUUGGCUGUUUAGCAUUUUCACUAACUUUGGAAAAAAUUAGCAGAUUAGCUUCCGCUAAAUGUAGUUCCUCCUCCGUUAACUUUAAGUACACUAAAAAAUUCAUACAGAUUUGUUCUUGUCCAUUGUGGGCAGACAGCACCAGAUGAGCUACAUGGCGCAAUAAUUCCAGGGCUUCCUCUUUUGGGUAAAUUAUACCUUAACCCUUUCAUUGCUAAACGCUUGCAGCAGGCGUUAGGUGUAUUUGCUGGUGGUGCUAAACGCUCGCUGCAACCUCCACCCACACUCGAAUCUCCCCUGUAUGAGAGUGUUUCAACACUAAUGCUCACAACACAGGAUUGCCAAGGAAAGGGUUAAGAGGAGGGUAAUUGAACAAUUAUUAGGGAAUUUUUUGGUAUUUUAGAGUAAUGCAUCUUCCAUUUCUGCACUGCUAUUGAAAGUUUGUAUAUAAGGCAUAAUAGUAAAAAAGUUAGCGGUUAGCGAUUAGCGUUAGCUUCCACUAAUUUCUUUAUCAGUUUAGUGGUUUAGCAUAAGCGAAGCUAACUUUUUAGUUAGUGGAUUACCAGUUAGCGAAACUAAUUUUUUGGUUAGCGGUGCCCACCACUGCAGAGAGGUAACAAGUAAAUAUCUAGCAUUUGAAAAUUAUCUGAAUUCUCUUUCAUGGGAAUCUCUCCACUGUUCAGUUCAUCCUCAUGCUGUGUGAAAAUACAGGGAACAAUUUUCCUCAUAAAGCACAACAUUGCAAAAUACAAAGCAUUCAAUAGGAUAUAUUGAAAGGAUAGUCAAUCUUUGACCACUGUGGCUGCACUGUGCAUUGUGCACUGGUGUAGAUGAAGCCUCAUUUUACGUAUAAAGUGCCUUGCCAGUACCAAAAUCACCAAAAAGCCAACUUAUAUAUAUAUAUAUAUAUAUAUAUAUAUAUAUAUAUAUAUAUAUAUAUAUAUAUAUAUAUAUAUAUAUAUAUAUAUAUAUAUAUAUAUAUAUAUAUAUAUAUAUAUAUAUAUAUAUAUAUAUAUAUAUAUAUAUAUAUAUAUAUAUAUAUAUAUAUAUAUAUAUAUAUAUAUAUAUAUAUAUAUACACAGUAAACCCUUGGGACAAUGCACCUGUUUUUAAUGGAUUUCGGAGUUAAUGGACAAGGUCAGAGGGUCAGAAAUCCAUGGGAACUGAGUGAGAGAAGCAUUUUAACCAACCACGCCCGGCAACUGUAAUAGUGUUUGCUAGCCAUAUUGUGGCCAUAUUGAAGUGGCUCUUUGUCAUAAACACUUAAUAGCUGAGUUUAUUGUUCAUUCAUAUAAUGAAUGGUGCUUGCCAUGUGUUUUACAUCCCUCCAACAUAUGACAUCGGUCCCCUGUCAACUGGCAAUUGAAAACAAAAAAUGGAAGUGCCCUCUUGGCCAUAUGCUGACCAUUUCUGCAAAUCUGCCAGAAAUAGCUAAUCUUGCACUGUGAACAAGGCCCAAGCACCAUGCCAAGCAUGAGUGAAGAAGGGCACAUAUACUAGUUAAGACUUAAUAAAAGCUGUACUAACUGGAUCAGGCUGAUCAUGAUCAGUGCAGCACUCUGCUUUAGCAUUUAUGCCAAAACAGCUGUUUCUGACGUGUGCAGAUACAGCAACUAGCAGUUGUGACAAAGUCUGAAUGCCUAAAUCAUAUACCUGUGAGUUAGGACUAUCAUCACCUUUAAGUCAUGCCUCUGCCUCAUAUACUAUGUACUCUGCAUUAUCACUGAGCAACAAUCGUUUUCUCAAAAAUUAAGUUGAAUUUGAAGUUAUAAAGUAUUUUUAAAAUGCUCAUUAUUUUACAUUUUCUAGAGCUUACAAGCUAGGAGAAUUACAAACUACACAAAUAUGCAAAGUACAAGGAUUAAGUGUACUUUAUCAUAUUUGUCAAUGUUGUAUUCUCUUUUGCUCUGUUGUGAGGCAGACAAGAUCUCCAAAUGCAUUUGAUUUUGCUUGUCACUAUAUUUUAUUGAAUACAGUGUUAUUUCUAGCACAUUAAAUUCCUAGGAUAGAUAGGAAAUACACUUUUUCACGCUGCCUUUUUGUCCUCAGUACUACAAAAAAAGCUAUCAUUCAGUUGUUAAUUCACUUUUUUUAUUGUAUAUGAAUAAAAAUUUAUAAUGAACAAAGUUCAAUUUAUGAAGUUGACUCAUUUUAUGUGAAUAUUGUCCUACUUGUUCCUCUCAGAAAUUAUUAAUGCAUUUACAGGCAGUUAAGUUUUAAGAUAAUUAUGAACCUCAGAUUCUAUGCCAACAAGAAACUUCCUUUACCCAACCACCCAUACCUAUCCCAAAUUACCUUCCUUCAAAGCCUUCCGAUUUAACUAUCUGAUCAUCUCUUCUUAGUACUGUGUCAUCUUUCCAUACACCACCACAUAUCUUUUCCCUUUACCUCGCCUCUAUCUGCCAUGUGACCUUUUGGACACACAACUCACUCACUCCUCCAUACCCUAAAUUAUCACAUACUGCAGAAUCCCUACACUUCCUUAGAGAGUAACACUUCCUCUGACUGAUGAAUCCAUACUCUCAAUUUGUUUGGAUAUCAUAUAACCUACAAAUUUCUUCCCCCUAAUACUGUAUCAUUUUUCCAAACAUUACUGUGAGUUUUCAAUAUAUCAGCAUCUUUUCCUACACCUUACUGUUUACCUCUGUCUGACCAGUGCCAUAUGGCCUAUGAUGCCUGGCACAUCUUAUACACACCAGGCAUAGUAGCUAAAUGGUCAACCUUAAGUAACACCCACCCCUAAUACCCUCCUCACUGAAAGAAGUUGAUAUUUUGCUCUAAAAAUUAUCUCAACCAUUCUUCAGAUUUACGGUUCUGAAUCUUAGCUCCAACCUUCUAUUUAUAUAUUAAUAGUAGUUUAACAUCAUAUUUAUAGUUUUUGCUGCCAGGUGCUAAGAUGAUAGUUUAACUUUUUUAAAUGACCAGUCUUAAUCACAUAAUUUUGCAACAUGCAUACAGGUUAAAAUUACUUGAAUCUAAAGUCCCUGUUCACACGUAUCAUCUUUCAUACUAGUUUGAGGAUGCAAAAACAAAAUUAAUUACAAACUUUUAAUAUAAACUCUGCACCAUCACCAUAAAAAAGGAAUGUCCCUUAAGUGGUCUAGAACAAUGAUAAAAAUUGACUAACCAAGCAGACAUUAUUUAACAUACAAUCAUUUAAUAUUUUUUUUCAAUACAUGUAAUAAACAUUUUCAUAGAGAUAACAGCAUUUUAAUGAAGACUACAAGCCAAGUAUGCUGGAAGACUACCUUUUCAGGUAAAAAAAAAAAGUCCACCAGUUAUAAACUUGGCAAAUGGACACUUGGGUGUUUUCUGUAGACCCAGGUAACUCUGAAUCAAGAUUGAAGUUGCAAUCUGAAUUAAGAAGACAGUUUUUCCGAUUGAAAAAAUAUCAAUAUCUAGUGAAUUGUAGAUUUUCUCUUUUGCCCCAUAUAAAAUUAUUUACAGUAAA